AUGUCGGGGUCCACGCAGCCUGUGGCACAGACGUGGAGGGCCACUGAGGCCCGGUACCCGCCCCAUGGCAUCUCCUACCCUGUGCAGAUUGCCCGGCCCCACACGGAUGUCGGGCUGCUGGACUAUCAGCACCACCCCCGAGACUACGCCUCCCACCUGUCGCCUGGCUCCAUCAUCCAGCCCCAGCGCAGGAGGCCCUCCCUGCUGUCUGAGUUCCAGCCUGGGGGCGAGAGGUCUCAGGAGCUGCACCUGCGACCCGAGGCCCACUCGUACCUGCCUGAGCUGGGCAAGCCAGAGAUGGAAUUCAUUGAGAGCAAGCGCCCACGCCUCGAGCUGCUGCCCGAGCCCCUGGCCCGGCCCUCAGCCCUGCUGGCCGCAGCCCAGCCUGGAGGCCCCGAGGACCUGACCAAGGACCGCAGCCUGACGGGCAAGGUGGAGCCGGUGUCCCCGGCCAGCCCCCCGCACGCGGAGCCUGAGCUGGAGCUCGUCCCUCCUCGGCUCUCCAAGGAGGAGCUCAUCCAGAACAUGGACCGCGUGGACCGCGAGAUCACCAUGGUGGAGCAGCAGAUCUCCAAGCUGAAGAAGAAACAGCAACAGCUGGAGGAGGAGGCCGCCAAGCCGCCCGAGCCCGAGAAGCCCGUGUCGCCGCCGCCCAUCGAGUCGAAACAUCGCAGCCUGGUGCAGAUCAUCUACGACGAGAACCGGAAGAAGGCAGAAGCUGCACAUCGGAUCCUGGAAGGCCUGGGGCCUCAGGUGGAGCUGCCGUUGUACAAUCAACCCUCUGACACCCGGCAGUACCAUGAGAACAUCAAAAUAAACCAGGCGAUGCGGAAAAAGUUAAUCUUGUACUUCAAGAGGAGGAAUCACGCCCGGAAGCAAUGGGAGCAGAAGUUCUGCCAGCGCUAUGACCAGCUCAUGGAGGCCUGGGAGAAGAAGGUGGAGCGCAUCGAGAACAACCCCCGGCGGCGGGCCAAGGAGAGCAAGGUGCGCGAGUACUACGAGAAGCAGUUCCCCGAGAUCCGCAAGCAGCGCGAACUCCAGGAGCGAAUGCAGAGCAGGGUGGGCCAGCGGGGCGGUGGGCUCUCCAUGUCAGCGGCCCGCAGCGAGCACGAGGUGUCUGAGAUCAUCGACGGCCUAUCUGAGCAGGAGAACCUGGAGAAGCAGAUGCGGCAGCUGGCUGUGAUCCCGCCCAUGCUGUACGACGCCGACCAGCAGCGCAUCAAGUUCAUCAACAUGAACGGGCUCAUGGGCGACCCCAUGAAGGUGUACAAGGACCGCCAGGUCAUGAACAUGUGGAGCGAGCAAGAGAAGGAGACCUUCCGUGAGAAGUUCAUGCAGCACCCCAAGAACUUCGGCCUGAUUGCGUCGUUCCUGGAGCGGAAGACGGUGGCUGAGUGUGUCCUCUACUAUUACCUGACCAAGAAGAAUGAGAACUACAAGAGCCUGGUGAGACGCAGCUACCGGCGCCGCGGCAAGAGCCAGCAGCAGCAACAGCAACAGCAGCAGCAACAGCAACAGCAGCAACAGCAGCAGAUGCCCCGGAGCAGCCAGGAGGAGAAGGAGGAGAAGGAGCGGGAGGCGGAGAAGGAGGAGGACAAGGCCGACCUGGACGAGAAGGAGGAGCUUGUCAAGGAGAAGACAGAUGACACUUCUGGUGAGGACAAUGACGAGAAGGAGGCAGUGGCCUCCAAAGGCCGCAAAACUGCCAACAGCCAGGGGAGACGGAAAGGCCGUAUCACGCGUUCAAUGGCCAAUGAGGCCAACAGUGAGGAGGCCGUCACCCCUCAGCAGAGCGCUGAGCUGGCCUCCAUGGAACUGAACGAGAGCUCCCGCUGGACCGAGGAGGAGAUGGAGACAGCCAAGAAGGGUCUCCUGGAGCAUGGCCGGAACUGGUCGGCCAUCGCCCGCAUGGUGGGCUCCAAGACCGUGUCGCAGUGUAAGAACUUCUACUUCAACUACAAGAAGAGGCAGAACCUUGACGACAUCCUGCAGCAGCACAAGCUGAAGAUGGAGAAGGAGCGGAACGCCCGGCGGAAGAAGAAGAAGGCUCCCACAGCCAGCGAGGAGGCCACCUUCCCGCCCGUGGUGGAGGACGAGGAGAUGGAGGUGUCGGGCGGGAGCGGCAACGAGGAGGAGAUGGCGGAGGAGACCGAAGCCUCACAUGCCUCUGGGAGUGAGGUGCCCAGAGGGGAUUGCAGCGCCGCAGUUGCCGUCAACAACAGCUCCGACACGGACAGCAUCCCGUCACCCCGCACUGAGGCCGCCAAGGACACUGGACAGAAUGGACCCAAGCCCACACCCACCCCGGGUGCUGACGGCCCGCCCUCUGGGCCGCCUACCCCACCGCCAGAGGGUGCCCCGGCCCCCACCGAGCCCACCCCGGCCCCUGAGACCGCCGGCCCGCCCACACCCCCACUGGCACCCCCGUCGCCUGCCGCCCCUGCUGCUCCCAAGGAGGAGAAGGACGAGGCCACCGCCACCCUGGCCGACGAGGAGGAGGAGCGGAAGCCCGCUGUGGCGGAGGAGCUGGUGGUGGACGUGGCGAAGACAGAGGACUCCGGGGAGGCGCCUGCCGAGGCGCCAGUCAAAUGCAAGGUCGAGUGCAAGGAGGAGGUGGAGGAGGAUGCCCCCGACAGGGCCAGGGGCACAGAGGGGGGUGCCGAGGCCACGCCCGAGGGCUCCGCGAAGACCGAGAAGAGGGAGAGCGGCGGCGCAGGCUGUGGCCCCAGCGGCAAGCCCGCUGUGGCCAAGUGCGCGGGCGCGCCCCAGGACAGCGACUCCAGCGCUACGUGCAGCGCGGACGAGGUGGACGAGGCCGAGGGCAGCGACAAGAACAGGUUGCUGUCCCCGAGACCCAGCCUGCUGACCCCUGCUGGCGAUGCCAGGGCCCACGCGUCGUCCCAAAAGCCACUGGACCUGAAACAGCUGAAGCAGCGGGCAGCCGCCAUUCCUCCUGUUCAGGUCACCAAAGCUCAUGAGCCCCCUCGGGAGGACGCAGCCCCCCCAAAGCCAGCUUCUCUGACUCCGACACCCCCACAGCACCUGCAGGCGGAGAGCGAUGACCCCCAGGAGCCCAGCAACAGCCCUCGAGGCAAAAGCCGGAGCCCCGUGCCACCUGCCGAGAAGGAGGAGAAGCCCGUGUUCUUCCCGGCCUUUGCAGCCGACGGCCAGAAGCUGCCCACGGAGCCCCCCUGCUGGACGCCGGGGCUGCCCUUCCCCGUGGCACCCCGAGAGGUGAUCAAGGCCUCCCCGCACGCCCCGGACCCCUCAGCCUUCUCCUACGCCCCACCUGGUCACCCACUGCCCCUGGGCCUCCACGACAGUGCCCGGCCCGUGCUGCCCCGCCCGCCCGCCAUCUCCAACCCGCCACCCCUCAUCUCCUCCACUAAACACCCCAGCGUUCUCGAGAGGCCCCUGGGGGCCGUCUCCCAGGGCGUGUCUGUCCAGCUCCACGUCCCGUACUCGGAGCACGCCAAGGCACCUGUGGGCCCCAUCACCAUGGGGCUGCCCCUGGCCAUGGACCCCAAGAAGCUGGUGCCCUUCAGCAGUGUGAAACAGGAGCAGCUGUCCCCGCGCAGCCAGGCUGGGCCACCAGAGAGUCUGGGGGUGCCCACAGCCCAGGAGACGUCUGUGCUAAGAGGGACGUCACUGGGCUCGGUCCCAGGAGGAAGCAUCAGCAAAGGUAUCCCCAGCACGCGGGCGCCAGCAGAGAGCCCCAUCACUUACCGCGGCUCCAUCACCCACGGCACUCCGGCUGACGUCCUGUACAAAGGCACCAUCACCAGGAUCAUCGGCGAGGACAGCCCCAGCCGUCUGGACCGUGGCCGGGAGGACGGCCUGCCCAAGGGCCACGUCAUCUACGAGGGCAAGAAGGGCCACGUGCUCUCCUAUGAGGGUGGUGUGUCUGUGUCCCAGUGCUCCAAGGAGGAUGGCAGGAGCAGCUCUGGUCCCCCCCACGAGACAGCUGCCCCCAAGCGCACUUACGACAUGAUGGAGGGCCGUGUCAGCAGAGCCAUCUCCUCCGCCAGCAUUGAAGGUCUCAUGGGCCGCGCCAUCCCACCUGAGCGGCACAGCCCCCACCCUCUCAAGGAGCAGCCCCACAUCCGCGGCUCCAUCACACAAGGGAUCCCGCGCUCCUACGUGGAGGCCCAGGAGGAUUACCUGCGACGGGAGGCCAAGCUGCUGAAGCGAGAGGGCACCCCGCCGCCCCCGCCCCCACCCCCCCGCGACCUGCCCGAGGCUUACAAGGCCAGGCCCCUGGAGGCACUGGGCCCACUGAAGCUGAAGCCAGCACACGAGGGCCUGGUGGCCACGGUCAAGGAGGCCGGCCGCUCCAUCCACGAGAUUCCCCGGGAGGAGCUGCGGCACACCCCUGAGCUGCCUCUGGCCCCACGACCCCUCAAGGAGGGCUCCAUCACCCAGGGCACCCCACUCAAGUACGACGCCAGCGCGUCCUCCGCCAGCUCCAAGAAGCAUGACGUGCGUUCCAUCAUUGGCAGCCCUGGGCGGACGUUCCCGCCUGUGCAUCCGCUGGAUGUGAUGGUUGACACCCGCGCGCUAGAGCGAGCCUGCUACGAGGAGAGCCUGAAGGGCCGGCCAGGGGCCGUCGGCGGCUCCGGGGGUUCCAUUACACGUGGCGCCCCGGUCAUUGUGCCUGAGCUGGGCAAGCCACGCCAGAGCCCCCUCGCUUACGAGGACCAUGGGGCACCCUUUUCUAGCCACCUGCCCCGUGGCUCACCUGUGACCACGAGGGAGCCCACGCCGCGCCUGCAGGAGGGUAACCUCUCGUCCAACAAGGCGUCCCAGGACCGGAAGCUGACAUCCACACCCCGGGAGAUUGCCAAGUCCCCACACAGCACUGUGCCCGAGCACCACCCGCACACCCUGUCGCCCUACGAGCACCUGCUGCGGGGCGUGAGUGGUGUGGACCUGUACCGCGGCCACAUCCCGCUGGCCUUCGACCCCACCUCCAUACCCCGUGGCAUCCCUCUGGAUGCAGCUGCAGCCUAUUACCUGCCCCGGCACCUGGCCCCCAACCCCACCUACCCGCAUCUCUACCCGCCAUACCUCAUCCGUGGCUACCCGGACACAGCGGCCCUGGAGAACCGCCAGACCAUCAUCAACGACUACAUCACCUCUCAGCAGAUGCACCAUAACGCAGCCACCGCCAUGGCCCAGCGUGCUGACAUGCUGCGGGGCCUCUCGCCCCGCGAGUCCUCGCUGGCGCUCAACUACGCUGCGGGCCCCCGAGGCAUCAUCGACCUGUCCCAAGUGCCACACCUCCCCGUGCUCGUGCCGCCGACCCCAGGCACGCCCGCCACCGCCAUGGACCGCCUUGCCUACCUCCCACCCACUCCCCAGGCUUUCAGCAGCCGGCACAGCAGCUCCCCGCUCUCCCCAGGAGGUCCCACUCACUUGACGAAGCCGACCGCGGCCGCCUCGUCCGAGAGGGAGCGAGACCGGGAGCGUGAACGGGAACGCGAGCAGUCUCUCCUCACGUCCACCCCCACAGUGGAGCAUGCGCCCAUCUGGAGACCCGGUACAGAGCAGAGCAGCGGCGGUGGCAGCAGUGGGGCUGGGAGCAGCAGCAGCCGUCCCGCCUCCCACCCCCACAGCCACCAGCACUCGCCCAUCUCUCCACGGACCCAGGACAACAUUCAGCAGCGGCCCAGUGUGCUGCACAACACGGGCAUGAAGGGGAUUGUCACCGCCAUGGAGCCCGGCACCCCCACAGUCUUGAGGUCCACCUCCACCUCCUCGCCUGUGCGCCCCACCGCCACGUUCCCACCUGCCACGCACUGCCCGCUGGGCAGCACCCUCGACGGGGUCUACCCCACCCUCAUGGAGCCUGUCCUGCUGCCCAAGGAAGCCCCACGGGUGGCCCGGCCCGAGCGGCCUCGCCCUGACGCCGGCCACGCCUUCCUCGCCAAGCCCCCUGCCCGCGCCGUGCUUGAGCCCGCCUCCCCCAGCAAGGGCUCCGAGCCCCGACCCCUGCCGCCCCCCGGCCCCAGCCACGCGUCCAUCGCCCGCACCCCAGCGAAGAGCCUCACCACCCACCACGCCAGCCUGGAGCAGCCGGCCCUGCCCGCCCCGGCCGCAGACGCACCCCGGGAAAAGACUCAAAGUAAACCCUUUUCCAUCCAGGAACUGGAACUCCGUUCUCUGGGUUACCAUGGUGGCGGCGGCGGCAGCGGUAGCUACAGCCCCAAUGGGGUGGAGCCUGUCAGCCCCGUGAGCCCCCCGCCCAGCCUGGCACAUGACAAGGGGCUCCCCAAGCCCCUCGAGGGGGCCGACAAGAGCCACCCAGAGGGCGAGCCACGGCACAGGCAGCCAGGCCCCGGCAAGCUCAGCAGCGAGGCAGCCCACCUCCCGCACCUGCGGCCCUUGCCUGAGAGCCAGCCCUCGUCCAGCCCACUGCUCCAGGCCACCCCAGGGGUCAAAGGUCACCAGCGGGUAGUCACCCUGGCCCAGCACAUCAGUGAGGUCAUCACCCAGGACUACACACGGCACCACCCCCAGCAGCUCUCCGCCCCCCUCUCCGCCCCACUCUACUCCUUCCCUGGAGCCAGCUGCCCUGUCCUGGACCUCCGACGCACCCCCGGUGACCUCUACCUCCCGCCCCCCGACCAUGGUGCCCCAGCCCGGGGCUCCCCGAACAGCGAAGGGGGCAAGAGGUCUCCAGAGCCCAGCAAGACCUCAGCCCUGGGCAGCAGCGAAGCUGCCAUUGAGCCAGUGUCCCCACCAGAGGGCAUGGCCGAGCCUGGGCACCCCCGGGGCGCCAUGUACCCACUGCUGUACCGGGAUGGCGAGCAGCCAGAGCCCAGGAUGGGCUCCAAGUCUCCAGGCCACACCAGCCAGCCACCAGCCUUCUUCAGCAAGCUGACAGAGAACAACUCCGCUAUGGUCAGAUCCAAGAAUCAGGAGAUCAACAGGAAGCUGAGCAGCCACAACCGGAACGAGCCGGAAUACAGUAUUGGCCAGCCGGGCACCGAAAUCUUCAAUAUGCCGGCCAUCAGCGGAUCAGGCCUAGUGAGCUGUAGAAGCCAGGCUGUGCCGGAGCACGCCAGCACCAACCUAGGCCUGGAGGCCAUCAUUAGGAAGGCUCUCAUGGGUAAAUAUGAGCAGUGGGAGGACCGCCCGCCGCUCGGCGCCAACGCUUUUAACCCUCUGACUGCCAGUGCCAGCCUGCCUGCUGCCCUCCCCAUAACCACUGCUGACGGACGGAGCGACCGCUCCCUCGCCUCGCCAGGUGGUGGCGGGAAGACCAAGGUUUCCGGCAGACCCAGCAGUAGGAAGGCCAAGUCCCCGGCCCCCGGCCUGGCGGCUGGGGAGCGGCCGCCCUCCGUCUCCUCCGUGCACUCCGAGGGGGACUGUAACCGCCGGACGCCGCUCACCAGCCGCGUGUGGGAAGACCGGCCCUCGUCCGCAGGCUCCGCGCCCUUCCCCUACAACCCCCUGAUCAUGCGGCUUCAGGCAGGCGCCAUGGCCUCUCCACCACCCGGCCUCCCUGCAGGCAGCGGGGCUCUGGCCGGCCCCCAGCACGCCUGGGACGAGGAGCCCAAGCCCCUGUUGUGCUCACAGUACGAGACGCUCUCUGACAGCGAGUGA